AUGGCCCUUCUGCCACGCAUCGUGCGAGCCGAGUCGCUGGCCCUCCCGCUGCGACGCGUAUCGUGUCUAUCCGUGCACAGAGCGGCGGGCGCCAGUAGAUUUUACGCGACUCACAGCAGCCUCGGCGGCGCAUCAUCCAAGAGCUCCACCUCCCGGCGCCAGGUCACCGUUGCCAACGACGACGGACAUGUGCGGUGGGGCGACCUCACCACCGGCGAGAAGGUCGCUCGCUCGACCCAGCAGUCGUUCAACUUCCUGGUCAUCGUCGCCGGUGUCCUUGCAACCGGCGCCGUUGGCUACGUCAUCUACACCGAAGUCCUCUCUCCCGAAGGCACUACAAACCAAUAUCACCGAGCCCUGAAGAGGAUCAAGGAGGAUCCGAAAUGCGUAGAACUACUUGGUGAUCCGAAGAAAAUCGUCGCAUAUGGCGAACAGUUUCAUAGCCGCAUGGCGAGACAAUGGUCGAUAACUUCGAGGAAAGAGAAAGACCGUGCAGGCAACGAGCUCCUCCACCUACGCUUCUACGUCGAAGGCCCGCUCAACAAGGGCACAGUUUAUUUACACAUGAUCCAGAGGCCCGGUGAGAAGGAGGCCGAAUAUCAAUCAUUGACGCUUGACGUUCCGGGCCACAAGCGUAUUUACCUUGAGCAUGACAGCCCUUUCAAGGCAAAGUCGGGCAAGCUCUUCGGCGUACGGUGGUGGUAA